UCGCGGCCAAAUCUCCACCUGCUCUCCGCCACCACCACCCCUCCAUAAUCACCGAAACACCUCCUCUGAAUGCAAACCCCAAUAUUUAAACGCCUCUCCUGCGCUAUACCGCCGACCCCAUUGCUCUUCCCACCAAGUCAGUCUCCCAAAUCUACUUAUUUUACGCCAGAAAAAGCAGGAAAAGAAGCAAAGGACAGUGGAAUCCCAGGAGUAGAAGCCGUGGACUUUAGUAAACACAGGGAGCAGCGCUUACGUUUGUGGUUGCGAAGGUGAUUGUAAUGGUCGUCUUCAGAUUCUUAAUUCGGAAUUUCAAGCUAAACGAGUCAACAUUCUUGGCCUCUCUAAUUCCAAAGAAGGAGAAUGGUGCGGAUCGCUUCAUCGAAGCUCAUCCCAAAUAUACUGUGAGCUUUGAUUCUGUAGUAGACCCUGCUGCUGCCAGAUUGCAAGUUACCUUGGAUGGAAAGCCAAGAAUCGUUGAUGUCCUUGAUUGCAUUGGAAGUGGAGAUAUUGUACCUCAAAAGUGGUAAACACUGAUGAAGAUGGGUGUAUUUGUGAUAAAGGCUUUAGCCUUACUGAAGGCAUGGAGGAUCCAGUCAAAACUAAUGAUCUGUCUUCACUGCUCCAUUACAGUUCCAGAUUUAUUUGAAGAGCUUCACUGAACUGAAGAAAUGGGUAGAUGUCAAGUCCUGUAAAAAUGGUACACUCCAUCUUUGUUUUACAUGAGAGAUGCUGUCGAAGGCAUGGAAUUGCACUUAAGGUAGUUUCUACUUUCUCCUUCAGAAAACUAAGAAGAAUAUGGAAACAACUUGUGAUCAAUAGGCCAAGGCAGUGUAUCAGAAGGGACUGUCACUAGCUGAUAUUGAACGUUUAAAGGUAGUAAAAGUCAUAAAUAAAAUAGGAGUGCAUGUGUUCAUGUGUGUGCCCCAAGCAAGCUGUAUGUUUGAAUAGAAGGCCACUUUUGAU